AUGCCUGUCAAUUCUCCCCCUCGCCCAACGCGCAGUCUUAAGGGCAAAGUCGCCAUUGUCACCGGCGCAGGCAGCCAUGGCGAAGGAAUUGGCAAUGGACGAGCAAUCGCCUUGUUACUCGCCGAAGAUGGAGCCAAGAUAGUCUGCGUAGAUCGCGAGCAGUCUCUUGCCGAGCGCACAGCCGAAAUGGUCAACGAAGAAGACGGGUCUGGUAUCGCUGUUGCAGCCGAUGUUUCGUCAGAAGAAGACUGUUCGCGGGUUGUGGACGAGGCGGUCCGUACAUACGGGAGGGUAGAUAUCCUCGUCAACAAUGUUGGUAUCAUGGGGCCGAGGGGCACAGCCGUGGAUGUAGAUGUGGCAGCGUGGGCAAAGGGGUUGGAAGUAAAUGUUACGAGCAUGAUGCUCAUGGCCAAGUAUGCCAUUCCUGUGAUGUUGAAGAAUGAGCCCGGUGAGGGAAGCAUACGUGGGAGUAUCGUGAAUCUGGGAUCUGUCGCGGGCUUGCAAGGCGGUACGCCGAGCUUAUUGUACCCGACCAGCAAGGGGGCGGUGGUCAAUAUGACGAGGGCGAUGGCGGCAAAUCAUGCUGAAGCUGGGAUACGAGUGAAUUGUGUUUGUCCAGGGAUGCUGUAUACUCCCAUGGUGUAUAAUGCCGGGGGCGGAAUGGGCGAGGAGAUGAGGGAGGCGAGGAGGAUGAGGAGUUUGCUGAGGACCGAGGGGAAUGCGUGGGAUUGUGCUUCGGCGGUGAGGUUUUUGGCUGGGAAUGAGGCGAGGUGGAUUACGGGCACCAUGUUGACGGUUGAUGCCGGCGCGAGUUGUGCUUCGACUAUUAUGGCGCCGGUCAGUUAG